AUGCAGCGGCUCGUCUCCCUGACCUGGAUGUUGAUGGUAAUGGUGGUGACCUCUUGGUUCAUCACAGCCACAGCAAAGGUCUCCUCCACAGAAGCAAGAAAGUGCUCGGAAUGUCACAGCAAUGCCACCUGCAUGGUGGACGGGGUGAUCACGACAUGCACCUGCCAGGCAGGCUUCACUGGCGACGGGCUAGUGUGCAAGGACGUGGAUGAGUGCGCCACUGCAGGGGCGCAUAACUGCUCGGCCAACAGCAGCUGUGUGAACACGCUGGGCUCCUACACAUGCAUCUGCGCAGAUGGCUUCCGCCUCAUUCCAGGGCAGGGCUGCACAGAUGUGGAUGAGUGCGCGGGGCCAGAGCCCAGCCGCUGCCACUCCCUGGCCACCUGUGUCAACACGGAGGGCAACUACUCAUGCGUGUGCCCCAAGGGCUAUGUGGGGGACGGGAGGCACUGUGAGUGCUCCCCAGGCUCCUGCGGGCCAGGACUGGACUGCUUGCCUGAAGGAGUGGGUGGAGCGCAGGUGUGCGUAGACCCGUGCCUUGCACACCGCACACUGGACGAGUACUGGCGCAGUGCGGAGUAUGGGGAGGGCUAUGCCUGUGACAGAAACUUGCGUGGCUGGUACCGCUUCGUGGGUCAGGGUGGCGUGCGCAUGGCUGAGACCUGUGUUCAAAUCCUGCGCUGCAACACCGCUGCGCCCAUGUGGCUCAAUGGCACGCACCCAUCUAGCGACCAGGGCAUCGUGAGUCGCACAGCCUGCGCGCACUGGAGCGGCAACUGUUGCCUGUGGAACACAGCCGUCCAGGUGAAGGCCUGCACCGGUGGGUACUACGUGUACAACUUGACUCCGCCCCCCGAGUGCAAUUUGGCCUACUGCACAGAUCCCAGCUCCGUGGAGGGGACGUGUGUUGAGUGCAGAGUAGACGAGGACUGCAUAUCAGAAAAUGGCAAAUGGCGGUGCCAGUGCAAAGACACCAACAUCACUGAUGUCUCUCUCGUGGAGCGCAGGCUGCAAUGUGGAGUCAAUGACAUCAAGUUGUCACUGAGCAAGUGCCAGCUGCAGAACCUGGGAUUUAAGACAGUCUUCAUGUACCUGCGUGACAGCCACUGCUCUGGCUUCAGUGAGAGGGGCGAACAGGACUGGAUGUCUGUGGUGACCCCAACCAGGGAUGGCCCCUGUGGGACAGUGUUGACGAGGAACGAAACCCACGCCACCUACAGCAACACCCUCUACCUGGCAAAUGAGAUCAUCAUCCGUGACAUCAACAUCAAAAUCAACUUCGAGUGCUCCUAUCCCCUGGACAUGAAAGUCAGUCUGAAGACCUCCCUGCAGCCAAUAGUCAGUGCUCUGAACAUCAGUGUAGGUGGGACAGGCAUGUUCACCGUGCGGAUGGCACUUUUCCAGAGCCCUUCCUACACACAGCCCUACCAAGGCCCCUCGGUGACACUGUCCACCGAGGCCUUCCUCUAUGUGGGCACCAUUCUGGAUGGAGGGGACCUGUCACGGUUUGCACUGCUAAUGACCAACUGCUAUGCCACACCCAGCAGCAACGCCACAGACCCCCUGAAAUACUUCAUCAUCCAGGACAGAUGUCCAAGCUCAAAGGACUCCACAAUUCAAGUGGUGGAGAACGGAGAGUCCCCACAGGGGCGGUUUUCCAUCCAGAUGUUCCGGUUUGCUGGAAACCAUGACCUGGUCUUCCUGCACUGUGAGGUGUACCUGUGUGACAUUGUGAAUGAAAAGUGCAAGCCUACCUGUUCUGGGACCAGAUUCCGAAGUGGGGGCUUCAUAGACCAAUCCCGUGUCCUAAACUUGGGUCCCAUCAAGCGCCAAAGUGUUCAGGCCUCAGUCUCGGGGGCUGCCUCCAGCAACUUGGGUGUCCUGCAGGUUUGGCUCCCUCUGCUUCUCUCCACCACCAUGGCCCUGGCAUUUCAGUGA